AUGGUUUGGCGCGUUGCCUCUCGGUCGGCGCAAGAGCCGGGGCAGUGGGCGGCUCGCCGAGUCGACGUCAUGCUCAACGAGUCCAACUCAACAGGCAACCUCUCAGACCUGGCACUCAACCUCGACCUCCCCGCCAGCCCCUACAGCUUGGCGCAGACACUAGUCAUCGCGAUCAUCGGCAUAGUGCUCUCCGUCCUCACCGUCGUCGGCAACUCGAUGGUGAUGAUCAGCAUCAAGAUCGACAAGCAGCUGCAGACCAUCAGCAACUACUUCGUGUUCUCGCUCGCGGUCGCCGACUUCGUAGUGGGCCUGAUAUCCAUACCGUUGUGCACGAUGUUCACGAUAUACGGCUACUGGCCGCUGGGGCCGCACGUGUGCGACACGUGGCUGGCGCUCGACUAUCUCGCGUCGAACGCGUCCGUUCUCAACCUGCUCAUAAUCAGCUUCGACCGCUACUUCAGCGUCACGCGGCCGCUGACGUACCGCGCGAAAAGGACUACACGCCGCGCGAAAGUGAUGAUUGGUGGCGCGUGGGGCUUCAGCCUAGUGCUCUGGCCGCCGUGGAUCUACGCGUGGCCGUACAUAGACGGCGAGCGGAAGGUGCCGCCGAACGAGUGCUACAUACAGUUCAUAGAGACGAACCAGUUCAUCACGUUCGGCACCGCGAUCGCCGCGUUCUACGUGCCGGUGACUGUUAUGUGCGUGCUGUACUACAAGAUAUGGCGCGAGACCAAGAAGCGGCAGAAGGACCUGCCCAAACUCCAGGGCGGGAAGAAGCACGACUCGUCGAAACGCUCCAAUUCCAGUGACGAGACCCGAGAAGUGGACGGACGUGCAAGAUCUGAAUCCGGAGACGCGGAUUCGGUUUAUCACGUCAGAGGCGCUUUGCACGACCAGCGGUUGCGAAACCAUCAGGGCUUAAGUUCGCGCCGCACAAAGCGAGGUUGGAAAGCGGUACAGGCGUGGUGCAUCGCCUGGUGGCACUCCGGCCGUGAGGAUUUGGAGGACACGGAGCCCGAGGAGGAGCCUUCGGAUCCGGGAUACGCGACGCCCGUGUCCGUGGACACGACCCUGCAGAGCUCAGUGUCCAGGUGUACGUCGCUUAAUGUCAUUAGGGACCCUUACGCAGCCAGAGCGGGGUCGGGUGGCACGACCGCCGGCGACGGGGGCACCUCCCCACUGCGGAGGAACUACGAAAAUCCAACGGCACCCAUACCGGCAGCGAGGGACAGUCGCUCCCUCCCACCGAACACCAGGAUUGACACCACACCACCGGCGCCCAAGUCGGCGUCGGCCGAUUCCGUCUACACCAUACUGAUCAGAUUACCAGACGCCGAUACGGAGAGGCCGAGCAUCAAGAUGAUCACCGAGGACUCGCCGCCGUCUAACGCCAGAACGCACUACCGGCCACCGGCGAGGGGUGACUCGGAACUGAACCUGCACCCGGCCGGCCACCCCGCAUUGACGCGGAGGACCUCCCACAUACAGGACGUCAGGAUCCCGCUGAACGCCAAGAUAAUACCGAAACAGCUCGCCGGCAAGGGUAUCGCGUCGAAGCAGCCGAAGAAGAAGAAGACCCAGGAGAAGAAGCAGGAGACGAAGGCGGCCAAAACGCUGUCCGCCAUCCUCCUGUCAUUCAUUAUAACCUGGACGCCUUACAAUAUUCUCGUCUUGCUGAAGCCGUUGACCGCUUACACAAAGUACAUACCGGACGAACUCUGGACGUUCUUCUACGCGUUGUGCUACAUCAAUUCGACCAUCAACCCGGUCUGUUACGCUCUUUGCAAUGCUACAUUUAGGAGAACCUACGUCAGAAUAUUAACGUGUAAAUGGCACAACAGAAAUAGAGAGGCAAUUUCUAGAGGGGUUUACAAU